GUAUUAGGGGGCGGGGCGCGAGCUUAAAGCACAACGUCUCCGGUUUUCCAGCAUCAGCACAUAACGCGCGCGCGGCCGUACAAACGUAUCCGCUUCUGGGCUUUUAUUUCCCGCACAGUGAGGAGGAGGAAAUGUUACCGGAGUCCCGGUCAUAGGCGCUGUAGGAGGGCAGACACGAGGAGUACCGCGCGUACCGGUGUACAGGAUACACAUCUGUCCUUAUAGAAUAAAACCUCAAUAACCCGGACAGAGCAAGGCAGAAUGGAGUAACAGACACGGGAUGGACGUCUGGACUUUGGUCUCAUUACCAUCUCUUGUUGAGGAAUUUUAGUGGGAAUCCUUGUCUUGAAGACCUGGAGCUCCUUGAAUCUGUGUCUGUAUCGCUGCUGCUUCCUCAAUUCACCUCAUCACGCCUUGCCUCAGCCUUCUUUCUCUUUCCACGCUGUUGUGCGAGCUCUCCCUCUGUUGUUCCGGGGGACACCCAGUGGUCACCAUGUCCUCCAAAGCUCCCAUCUACCUGAAGCGCAGGAGCCGCAAAGGCAAGAAGGAGAAGCUGCGAGACCUUCUUUCGUCCGACAUGAUCAGCCCUCCACUGGGCGACUUUCGCCACACCAUUCACAUAGGGAGCGGCUCUGGCGGUGACAACCUCUUUGGCGACCUUUCCUUCCUCCAAGGCAAGUUUCACCUGUUACCUGGGCAACAAGCUCAGCAAGGCGCAAUCCAGUGGAGCUGCCCUGCCACCGAGACCUCGCCGCUACUCAAGAAUGCUCUUUCGCUCCCUGUUAUUGGAGGAGUCCAGGCGCUCACGCUUCCAUCCUCAGUCCCUGUUGCAUCACAGCCUCUUGCCCCUGCCAUGGCUCCACCCCCAAAACCUCCCAGACUGCACCUGGAGUCACCUCACACAUCACUCCCUGGCUCCCCGAAGCGCUCUCCUGAUCACGAACAGCCUUGCAUAGGAAAAGAGGAAAAAGGGGAGGAAAAGCCAGUCAAGAAAGACGACGAGUCAACGUAUCUGUCUCACGCUGGCUCCCUGCUCUCGCUCCACUUGGACCUGGGGCCAUCCAUCCUAGAGGACGUCCUGCAGAUCAUGGAUACCCAGAGAAUGGGAGGUAUCAGUGGAGGAUUCGUGCCAAGUGGACGACAAGAGGUCUACACCUAAGACUGACCUUCUUUAACAGUAUUUUUUGUUCCCUCUUUUUAUUGCCAUGAGUGCUGGAUUGAACAGUAACUUUUCUGUUUGUCCUUGAAAUUGUUCUGUUUCACACAGGGAGUGUUCAAGGCUGCAGAGAAAUUGUUUUAUUAAAAAAAAAACAAACAAAAAAAAAACCUGACACCUUUUAUGACUUCCUGGUCUUCCUUCUCACUUUCCUGAGCCACUGAUUAAAUAUUAAUUCAUCUUUCGACCCAGAUCUGCAGCUCCUGACGUAGCGUGUUUGUCUGGAGAAGUUUUGUUCCUUGAGGGAUUAAAUUGCAGGAGAAGAAAAACGACCUUUUCUCAGCACUGAGAAUGACAUCACCUUUCUCCUCGGUGGUGUUUCCAAUUAUUGAACAAAUACACAUUUUUUUUUUUUUUUGGUUUUGCUUUAAUAGAGGAGCUCGUAUUAUGUCCAAGAACUACGAAUAAGGAAAGGUAUCUUGUUUAAAGAGCAAGAAAAAAGCCUGAGUAUGUCUUCCAUCUUAGUGGAGUUAGUGGAGAAAAGACUUGGAACGUUGCACCUUUGGCUGUACUGGAUGUUUCUGCACUCCCUCAGGCUGGGACAGUUGAUCCCUGUUUUCACUUGGAUCCUUUUUUUAGAUGGAGGUGUGAGGAUCAGUUUAUCACAGAAAACCACAGCUCGGGUUCACUUUUUAUACCCGGCCCCAGGAGAUGAUUUAUUACUUUAGCGUUUAUUACUCGAGCAUUAAAAGACGAAUUCCACAGAGGUUUUUAAAACGUCGGCUCGAUGAGAAGUAAUUAAGGUCCUGCAGUGGACUUUUAGGAACAUUCUAGACUCUUUACACUGUUUAAAAAAAAACAGUUCACUCGUGAAAAGGCAGUUCUUCAGGAAAACAUUUGUAUUUGUAUGUUUUGCUCUUGUGUGAAAAAUGAACGAAACUGUAAAUGAUGGCAAACAUGACCAGUUGUUCAUUUAGACCUAAAGUACAUGGAAAAAUAAUGCAGACUUCUGAAAAUUAAAAAAAAAAAAAAAAAGUGAAAAAUUUAAUGUUUUCUAUUUUCUAAGUCAUAAGUCUUUCAGCACGUGUCAUCUCUUGAAUGGAUCUUUACACCUGAAAGCUCCAGUUUGGCAGAAUCUAGCAACCUCUACCUGAAUAUAUAAUGACAUACAAACAUACAUAACUUCUCUGAAAUGGUCUUUAACGGCUUAGUCGUUAGCAGCAGGUGUGGGCAGGUCGUUCGGUUGGAAGGUCCAGAGGUCGUUAGUUGUACUAUAAAUAGCGUUCAUAAAAAAUACAACAGCUCUGGACUGUUUGUACGUAUGUUUUUUUGCACAUCCUGACACUAAAAUAAAUAAAUGAUACUUCCCUAAAAGUAAAUUAGGACAUAUCACAGCUUAAUCGUAUAGGGGCGGGGCUUGAAAUCUGUGGGCGUCGGUCAGGGUCAAGAUAUUUAUGAGGUACCUUUAGAACAAAGCUGUGGGGAAUAGACAAGUCUGCAGUUGGGUCACUUUAAAAUUGUUAGUAACUGUUAAGAUCUCGUUUUAAAGUGGGGUUUGUCAAAGCAGGGGUAAUUGUAGCGUCACGAGUGACCUUGUUAGUGACCAUUCAUUCCAGAAAUUUCCUCAGAGUGGUCUGAAUGUGGGGGGUACAUUGUCCGGGUACUCCGGUUUCCUCCCCCGGUCCAAAGACAUGCAUGGUAGGUUGAUUGGCAUCUCUGGAAAAUUGUCCGUAGUGUGUGAUUGCGUGAGUGAAUGAGAGUGUGUGUGUGUGCCCUGCGAUGGGUUGGCACUCCGUCCAGGGUGUAUCCUGCCUUGAUGCCCGAUGACGCCUGAGAUAGGCACAGGCUCCCCGUGACCCGAGGUAGUUCGGAUAAGCGGUAGAAGAUGAAUGAGUGAGUGAGUUGUCUGAAUGUAAAUACAGCAAAAGUCAGGAGAGAGAAAAGGCUAUUAGACGGCAGAUUAGAAAUGCGUGCGCACCACAUGGAGACGGAAGGGUCCUUCUGAGACCUUCAGUGUGCAUCGUUUGGUGUAAUAUUUCUUUGAUGGAUGCCGGUUCGUGUCAUUUUACGUUCACAUUUAACCAGAAGCUAACAGCUGAAGGUGAAAAGCAGAAACAAAUACAAAGUAGCUCAAAUACAAAUAAAAUCCUCAGUGAAAUGCCAGUAAACAUGUUCUCGGUAACGCUGUCAAUCAUUUAGAUUCAUCUGGUUGUAUUUAAUAUAUUUGCUGAAUCAAACUACAAAUCCAACGAAUACGGAAAAAACUGUGGAAUUCCUCUUUAAGGCUUUUGCACGCGCGUGUAAGAGACAGGGUGAAAUGAGAGGUCAUGUGACACCUGAUGUACUUUAAGUCAACAGACAGUAGAUCAUUACUAUAUUAACCCAGUCACGGUUGAAAUCUUUAUAGGAGCUUAGGUUAAAGAAUGAUCCGGCUCACAGCCUCACUGCUAUAACAUCCUGCUACGUGACCAACACUAUACUUCCUGUAUGAAUUAGCAAUAACAGAUAUUAGCAACAUAUUAUUAUUAUUAUUAUUAUUCAUAAUAGUGCUACAUCUUGUCAAGAGGGCCAGCGUUAGUCAGAUUUCCAGCGUUAGAAGAUUUCCAGCGCUCUUUUCAUCGUCUCGUGAUUAAGCUCAGCGAGACUGUCCUGUACUCGUCCACAGACUGGACUGUUAUGGGAUAGGUGAUGAAGAGAGUCUGAUGUUUAGUCACGCACAAACACUUUUCUCUUCGUGAUUAGAUGUUCAGAAGUAAAGGACACAUCGUGAGGCAAGCUAGCAUGAUAGCAGCUGCAGAGUGUGUGUGUGUGUGUGUGUGUGUGUGUGUGUGAGUGUGAGAGAGAGAGACAGUUACUAUGGUUGUGUUGUCAUAAAUCCACAGAGGCCUUGAGGAGUGAAGCAUCAUGGGAGGGAGGAAAGGAGAGUCGACAGCUUGUGUGUUCAUUUUUUGCUUUCUGUGAAAAUCCUGACGAUGUGCCUUCUCUCUGUCUCUCUGUCUCUCUGUAUCUCUCUCUCUGUUUCUCUCUCUCUCUCUCUCUCUCUGUCUCUCUCUCUGUCUCUCUCUCUCUGUCUCUCUCUCUGUCUCUCUCUGUCUCUCUCUCUGUCUCUCUCUCUCUCUCUGUCUGUCUCUGUCUCUCUCUCUCUCUCUCUCUCUCUCUCUGUGUCUCUCUCUCUCUCUCUCUGUCUCUCUCUCUCUCUCUGUCUCUCUCUCUCUCUCUGUCUCUGUCUCUCUCUCUCUCUCUCUCUCUCUCUGUGUCUUUCUCUCUCUCUGUCUCUGUCUCUCUCUCUGUCUCUCUCUCUCUCUCUCUGUCUCUCUCUCUCUGUGUAUCUCUCUCUCUCUCUCUCUCUCUCUCUCUCUCUCUCUCUCUCUCUCUCUCUCUCUUUGUGAAUUGUAAUGCCAUUUAUUUAUUGUCAGAUUUAUAAAAUUGAGACAUGACUCGCCUAAAGCUGAGACAAAUGUCAAACUUAAUCUCUCUCUCUCUCUCUCUCUUUCUCUCUCUCUCUCUCUCUCUCUCUCUCUCUCUCUCUAUCUCAGUUCACGUGAAGAGGUGAUUUGUGCAUCUGAUUGAAUAAUGAGAAUUCUAUAGUUAGAUCUUGUUAAAAAAAUAUGUCAAUAAAUAUUUCAUAUGAA